AUGCCCCCUUCGCCCACAAGGGAGAGAAAGGAAAUCAAAAUCAGAACGCCAGACAAUCCGGAAGAUAUACCUCGAAAACAGAAACUCUAUGGCAAUCAAGCCAUCAAGGCACUCUUUGAACUCCAAAACUUCCCAAACAACGCCAUCCUACUAGGCGACUUCAACCUCCACCACCCCAACUGGAAUCCCCUCCAUCCAUCCCCUUCAACGCUAGCCGAACCCUUUGUAGAAUGGUCAAACUCCCGGAAUCUACACCUCAUCUCCCCAAUCGGAACUCCUACUCACUCAAAGGGAAACGUCUUGGACCUCACCUUCCUCUCAGGGCCCUAUACAGCGUAUACCGCCCUCGCUGAACAACUAGAGUGCACCUCAGAUCACAGCACCCUAAAAACCUACCUUCACUGGAAUUACCGAAGCCAAAAGCCUGCAAAGAAACUCAAGCUAAAUACAUUGAAUGAAACGCUCUUUAAAGACCUACUAGAAACUAAUCUCACCAACAUUGCAGCUAUCCCCAGGACACCCUCUCUAAGAGACCUAGAUCAAGCCGCAUCAUCCCUUACACAAGCCCUUACAAAAGCCUAUACAGGAUCUGCAAGAAGAUCCAUAAACGGGCCCCUUCAACAACCUUGGUGGAACAAGGACUGUAUAAAGGCUGUGUAUAAACAUAGAAUCACCAAUACACCUACAUCCAAACGCUCUCUUCGGAAAACAGUCCGAAAAGCAAAACACACCUUCUAUAUUACGAAAGUGGAUAAAGUAGAAGAUAUAAACGAUGUAUAUCGAAUGGCCAAAUGGCAUCAAUCCACAGGAAUAUACCGUACCCCCCCUUUAGCAGAUCUAUCAAAACAAACCAUUGCAAAUACUAUCGAAGAGAAAAGGGAAACCUUCGCCAACAACCUACUGACAAACCUAGCCGAGGUUGACGACAUCCCGUUCGAUACCCCUACAGCCCCAAGUAGAUCUAUCACCUUCCCUGAUAUAGCUAUACAAGAUAUAGAGCUGGCCAUUCUAAAAGCAGGGAACACAGCACCUGGCGCAGACGAAAUCCCAACAAAAAUCCUACAAGUCGCAUGGCUACAGAUAAAAGAAGUAACCCUAUCCCUUUUCAAAGGCUGUCUACACCUAGGACACCACCCAAAAUGCUUCCGAUUAGCUACCAUCGUAAUCAUCCCUAAACCCAACAAGCCAGAUUAUACCAACCCAAGAUCAUACCGACCAAUUGCCUUGCUCUCGGUCCUAGGCAAAGGCCUCGAAAGACUCAUUGCGAAGAAGGUAUCAUGGCUUGCUCUAAACUACCAAGUCCUAGCGAACCAGCAGCUCGGAGCUCUACCCUUGCGAUCCUCAGUGGACCUCACCACUUGCGUUACACACGACAUUGAGGCAUCCUUAAAACAAGGGUUAAAGACCACCCUGCUCACAAUGGAUGUAAAAGGUGCUUUUGACGCAGUGCUACCAGGAAGACUAGUGAAUCGCCUUCGGGAACAAGGAUGGCCAAACAACCUGGUUAGAUGGGUUCAGUCCUUCGCCACUAAUCGAUCCAUCAAGAUCCGACUAGACGGCGAGACUGGCCCGGAAACAAAGCUAGAAUGCGGUCUUCCUCAAGGUUCACCGAUCUCCCCGAUCCUGUUCAUGCUCUACAUCGCGCCUCUCUUCUGGAUGGGCAAACCACAGAGCAGAUUCGGAUAUGCAGACGAUAUCGCGAUACUAGCGACAUCAAACUCACUACAGACAAACUGCGAUUCUCUAAAAAUGGAUAUGCAAGAAACUCUCGAAUGGGGAAAAACCGAAGGUAUCACUUUUGACCCCAAGAAAUCUGAGCUUAUACACUUCUAUAAAGGACACCGAACACUAACGGAUACCCCUGCAAUACACACCGGAUCUAUGAAUAUAGAGGUCAAACCUGGCCCGCUCAAAUGGCUCGGAGUCCACUUCGAUAGGAAACUAUGCUUCAAACCACAUGUCCAGAUCCUCGCAGCCAAAGCCCUCAAGGGAGCCAACGCACUGAGAUCCCUCAGCAAUACACACCGAGGGAUACCCCCAUAUCUCACCAGGAAAGUGGCUGAAGCCUGCAUACUCAAAAAGUGCUAUUUCGCCUCGGAAACGUGGUGGCCAGGCCGAACCAGAACAAAGAAGAAUGCCCUAAACAACCCGAUCUCGAUCUCAAAUGUAGUGGACAGCCAUCUAAGCUUACUCAACAAAGUGGUAAUCACCUGUACAAGGGCAAUCCUCCCAGUAUACAAAACCACAAACACAGCAGUACUCUACGAGGAAGCCAAACUCAGACCAUCCGAGAUCGAGCUAAACCUGAUUUCACAAUUAUAUGCGGCACGAACCACCAGACUAGACCUUUACCAUCCUCUCAGGAUCAGAGCAGAGAACAUAACCAAAGCCAGAGAAUAUAACCGCACCCCAGAUACAAGAUUCGCAAGGCUCAUCACAGCAUUACCGGAGACUGAACACAUAAACCCCUUGGCCUUCCCACCCUGGGAAAUCAGAGAGUCGAGGGCAGAGGCCGAGGCCCGCAUCAAUGGUCCGAUGGGCAGAACGAAGGCACAAGCAGCCGAAGACUUCAAAGCCUUCCACGCCAAGAUCCCAAGAAGCGAUAUACAAAUCUUCUCGGAUGGCUCAAAAAGUGAAAGCAAGGAUGGCGCAACUGGGGGCGGAUUCGUAAUCUCACAAUUCGAUAUUCAGAUAGCACAUCAUUCUUUCUCAUUAGGCACAAAUGCAGAAGUGUUCGAUGCAGAAGCCACAGCCGCAGUAGCAGGGGCAGCAAAAGCCCUCACUCUAGCAUCAACCAAACUGGCCACAGAUCUCUGGAUCUUCUUAGACAACCACGAGGCUGCUCUCCGAUUAGGAUCCCACUUCAAUGGUUCCUCACAGAGAGUCUUUGAAGACUUUCUGAAGCUCACACAAGCUUGGGCUGAAGGAACAAAACUCCCCUUUCCCCUCAACCCGAUCUGUACGCUAGCAUCCCUAAAAAGAAUGAUCAGAACAAGGGCCAACAAAGCAGACGAACAAUUAUGGAAUACAGUCAGCCCACAAUACUACAAAGAUCUCCAAUUCAACCACACUUCUAAUACAGACACCCUCUCUCUGAAGAGAGCCACACUCCACCAUAUUCUCGCUAUCAGAUCACAGCAUGGCGACUUCGCAGCAUACCAUGAACGCUUCAAUCACACUACAGCCCACGUCCAUUGCUCGUGCGGUAAAAGGAAAACUCCAUUACACUUUUUCUUUUGCAAAAAAGGAAAAGCCUUCAAAGCGCUCACAAAGAGCCCCCCCUCCGAAGCUAUCCCCUGGCUUCUAAGAAAUCCCACCGGUAUAGCCAAACUAGCCGAAUGGCUAGAAUACACCAAGUUCUACACAAAAAUCUGCCCGUGGCACACAGGUGCAAGAUAA